GGUUUGGAUCAGGAGGGAAUUUUCAGAAUCAAUGGAAGUGCCAGAAUCGUGGAUAAAAUCCGGACAUCAUUUGACCAGACUGGUGAUGCCGAUUUGGAUGAGGACUGUGAUGUCAUGGCGAUAGCAGGAGCGUUGAAAUUAUAUCUACGAGAAUUGCCAGACUCAACGGUGCCAGAACACAUGACGAAUCAAUUCAUAGCAAUUCAAGAAGGUGAUAGUGACAGUUGUGUAAAACUAUUAAAACUAGCAGUUAAAGAUCUACCAUUAGAUAAUUAUAAUUUACUCAAGUUCCUGUGUCAGUUCCUAGUCAUCGUGGCUCAUCAUGAAUCCUGUAACAAGAUGGGGUCCACAUCACUCGGCAUUGUAUUCGGACCAAAUAUAUUCAGGUGA